AUGAUUGGAUAUUCAGGCUCCAAUUUUACUGGAUGCUUAGAUAGCAGGAGGUCCACUUCGGGCUAUAUCUUCAUGCUUGCUGGAGGGGCUAUAUCUUGGAAGAGCAUCAAGCAAACGCUAGUAGCCACUCCUACUAUGGAGGCAGAGUUAGUAGCAUGCUAUGAAGCAUCCAAUCACGAGAUUUGGCUAUGGAACUUCAUCACAACAUUGCAAAUCGUUGAUGGGACAGGACACUGGGGAUUUACUAUGAUAAUAAAGCCGCAGAACUUUAUGCCAAGAACAACCACAUUUCGUCAUGCACGGACUUCACCUCCUUCCCAACGCGUUAAUCCAAUCCUCUGCUCCGUAUCUGUCGCAUCUGUUUUCUUCGCGAGCGCGCGAGCUUUAAAACCCCUACCUCCCCCUCUCCUUUCCCCCAUCACGAUGAGUCUUCUUAUCCUUUUUCUAGUGUCGGUCUUCCUUUCCGGCGCAGAGGCCGACGACCCCUAUCGCUACUUCACCUGGACCGUCACCUACGGCCCCAUCACCCCACUAGGCGUCCCGCAGCAGGGCAUCCUCAUCAAUGGCCAGUUCCCCGGCCCCCUCCUCGAAUGCGUCACCAAUGACAACCUCAUCAUCAACGUCGUCAACUACCUCGACGAGCCGCUCCUCCUGACGUGGAACGGCAUCAAACAGCGGAAGAACUCGUGGCAAGAUGGCGUCUUGGGAACUAACUGCCCCAUCCCUCCCCGUCGCAACUACACCUACAAGUUCCAAACCAAGGAUCAAAUUGGAAGCUAUACUUACUUCCCCACAACCGGAAUGCAGAGGGCCGCCGGAGGAUUUGGCGCCUUGAACGUGCACCAGCGACCGCAGAUUCCGGUGCCGUACCCGAAGCCCACCGGCGACUUCAGUGUCCUCGUCGGCGACUGGUACAAAUCCGGCCAUAAGGCGUUGCAGAGAACGCUGGAUUCAGGGAGCCCUUUGCCAUUCCCGGAUGGCCUCCUCAUCAACGGAGCACAAAAACCCAGUACCUUUAAUGGCGAUCAAGGGAAGACUUAUCUUUUUAGGAUCUCCAAUGUCGGCUUGCAGAGCUCCAUCAACUUCAGAAUCCAAAGCCACAAAAUGAAGCUUGUGGAAGUCGAGGGAUCGCACACGCUUCAGAAUAUCUACGAUUCACUCGACGUCCACGUCGGGCAAUCUUUGUCUGUCUUGGUGACGCUUGAUCAAGCUCCUAAAGAUUACUACAUCGUUGCUUCCACAAGGUUCAGCGGCAGGAGAAUCCUCACUUCCACCGGCGUCCUCCAUUACAGCGACCCCAAAUCCCCUGUUUCCGGCCCUCUCCCCGCCGGCCCGGCCUUCGGGUUGCAUUGGUCCAUGAAGCAAUCGAGAACAUUUAGGUGGAAUUUGACGGCGAGCGCGGCGAGGCCGAAUCCCCAAGGCUCCUAUCACUACGGGAACAUAACCAGGUCGAGAUCAAUCAAGUUACAGAACUCCGCGCCGGUGAUCGCCGGGAAGCAGCGAUACGCCGUCAACGGCGUGUCCUUCGUCGUUCCCAGCACGCCUCUGAAGCUAGCGGACAACUUCCACAUCGCUGGCGUCUUCACCUGGGACAGCCUCCCGACCGCCACUACGGAGAAGGCCGGAGCUGAGCCGCCGAUCACCGCCACGCCGGUGGUGCGGUUCCAGCUCCACGACUUCGUGGAGAUCGUCUUCCAGAACACGGAGAACAGCAUGCAGACGUGGCAUCUCGACGGGUACGACUUCUGGGUCGUCGGUUAUGGAGCUGGAGACUGGACAGAGAGACUAAGAAGACGAUACAAUUUAGUUGAUGCUAUCACUAGACACACUGUGCAGGUUUACCCAAAGGGGUGGUCUGCAAUUUUGGUGUCCUUGGACAACCAAGGGAUGUGGAAUUUGAGGUCGGCAAUGUGGGGAAGACAAUACCUCGGCCAACAAUUUUACAUAAGAGUUUGGACUCCGGAGAAGAGCUACGCGAACGAAUACGAUAUGCCUACGAAUGCCCUCCGUUGCGGGAAGGCCGUUGGUGUUUCUUGAUCGCUUGCUAUAAGAACGCCUAAUUCUCUAUGCUCUUCGUAUGUACCUUUGCUGUUUCGGAAAUGUUGUGCAAUUGGAUAUUUGGAAAAGAUUUUUUUUUUCCCCCUUCUGUAUUUGAAUACAAUAUUAUUCAAUAAAAUAUAUCGUGUUGAAAUGGUUCGAUAGA